UGUACAGGCCAGCAUUUCCUAAGAGGUGGGAGGAGUCCGUGGCAGGAAUAAAUAAGCAUUCAUGUGCACAGUGAGAACAACACGCCAGGCAAGUGGCAACCCUGAACAUCAGGACUCAGCAACCGCAGUGACUGGCAACAGGCAUUCGCUUUGCAGCCAGGGGGGACAGAGAAGAUGGACAUCCUUGUAGCUCUGGGGAUCUUGAUGGCUGGGAUCUGCCCUGCUGUGCUCUGCUACCCAGAUGGUACAUUGGGAAUAAACUCUACAGUCCAAGAGGACCAAAACAACGGGACACAAAUGGACAGUCUAACACUGGCCUCCAUCAACACUGACUUUGCCUUCAGCCUCUACAAGGAACUGGUAUCGAAGAAUCCAGGAAAAAAUGUCCUCUUCUCCCCAUUCAGUAUCUCUAGUGCCUUGGCCGUCUUGUCGCUGGGAGCAAACAGCAACACCCUUGAAGAGAUCCUAGAAGGUCUUAAGUUCAAUAUCACAGAGACCCCUGAGGCAGAUAUCCACCAGGGCUUUGAACACCUCCUACACAUGCUCAGCCGGCCAGAGGACCAGGUGCAGAUCAGCACAGGCAGCGCCAUGUUUAUUGAAAAGCGCUUGCAGAUUCUGGCAGAGUUCAAGGAGAAGGCAAGGGUUCUGUACCAGGCUGAAGCCUUCAUGGCCGACUUCCAGCAGCCUCAAAAGGCCAAAAAGCUCAUCAAUGACUAUGUGAGGAAACAGACCCAGGGGAAGAUCAAGGAACUCAUCUCAGACCUGGAUGACAGGAUAUCCAUGGUGCUGGUGAAUUACAUCUACUUUAAAGGCAAAUGGAAGAUGCCCUUUGACCCUCUUGACACAUUCGAGUCUGACUUCCACUUGGACGAGAAGAAGUCUGUGAAGGUGCCCAUGAUGAAAAUUGAGGACCUGACCACACCCUACUUCCGGGAUGAAGAGCUGUCCUGCUCUGUGGUGGAGCUGAAGUACACAGGCAAUGCCAGCGCUCUGUUCAUCCUCCCUGACCAGGGCAAGAUGCAGCAGGUGGAAGCCAGCUUAAAACUAGAGACUCUGAGGAAAUGGAAGGAAUCUCUGAAGCCCAGGAUGAUCGAUGAGCUCUACCUGCCCAAGUUCUCCAUCUCCACUGACUACAGCCUGGAGAAAAUCCUCCCUGAGCUGGGCAUCAGGGAAGUCUUCUCCACACAGGCUGAUCUGUCUGGGAUCACAGGAGCCAAGGACCUGAGAGUCUCUCAGGUGGUCCAUAAGGCUGUGCUGGAUGUGGCUGAGACAGGCACAGAAGCAGCUGCUGCCACAGGAAUCAAAAUGAUGCUAAUGUCUGCAAAAUUUGAUCCUAUGAUUAUGAAUCUCAACAGGCCAUUCCUGAUGACUAUCUAUAACACAAAUACUGAGACUGUUCUUUUCAUGAGCAAAGUCACAAACCCCAAGAGAGGCUAGAACUCCCCGAGAGGUGGGCCUUCUUCCCAGGAGGCAGGGAGUAAGCCUCUAUAUGAG